AUGUCGGAAGCACGCCAUGAACGUCGCCCUUCUGUCGGUGCCCCCAUUGCGGACCUGCAAGGUCCUGUUGGACCGGGUUUUAGCCGCCCGAAGCAUAAACGUACUCCUACGGGAUUUGGUGCUGCCGAAAUCAAGAGCGUCGAAGCCAGUAUUCCUGAGCCGCUACGAGAGGCAUGGCUCAAACACUCCGCUUCGGAGUUUACGACUAAGGAGGAAUUUGAGAAAGAACUCGUGCGCCACAUUGAGACGACUCUGGCUCGCUCGUUGUGGAAUUGUGAUGAACAUGCGGCGUACUCAGGAACGGCCCUUGCGUUUAGGGACCGACUCAUCAUUGAAUGGAACCGGACGCAGCAGCGUCAGACAUUGUCUGACCAGAAGAGAGUUUACUAUCUCUCGCUUGAGUUUUUGAUGGGUCGUGCUUUGGACAAUGCCAUGCUCAAUGUGGGCCAGAAAGAGUCCGCUCGAGAGGGAUUGAAAGAUCUUGGCUUCCGGGUCGAGGACGUCAUCAGUCAGGAACACGAUGCGGCUCUAGGUAACGGUGGCCUCGGUCGCCUGGCAGCUUGCUUCCUGGACAGUAUGGCCACGCUCAACUAUCCGGCCUGGGGAUACGGAUUGCGCUACCGCUAUGGAAUUUUCAAACAAGAGAUUGUCAAUGGGUACCAGGUAGAGAUUCCUGACUACUGGCUUGACAACAAUCCUUGGGAGUUUCCUCGACACGAAAUAACUGUCGACAUCCAGUUCUACGGUUCUGUUCGUAAGUACCAGGACGAGAGUGGGAAGAUUACACACUCCUGGGAAGAUGGAGAGAUCGUUCAGGCAGUUGCCUACGAUGUCCCAAUCCCCGGAUACGGCACGAAGACCACCAACAAUCUUCGGCUGUGGUCCAGUAAGGCCAGUACAGGAGAGUUUGAUUUCCAGAAAUUCAAUGCCGGCGACUACGAAAGCGCCGUGGCAGAUCAACAGCGCGCAGAGACUAUCUCUGCUGUCCUCUAUCCCAACGAUAAUCUAGAGCGAGGCAAGGAGCUUCGUCUGAAGCAGCAGUACUUCUGGUGCGCUGCAUCCCUGCACGACAUUGUCCGCCGGUUCAAGAAAACGAACCGAGCCUGGAAAGAGUUUCCCGAUCAAGUGGCCAUUCAGCUCAAUGACACCCAUCCCACUCUUGCGAUUGUUGAGUUGCAGCGCAUUUUGAUUGAUCUUGAGGGUCUGAGCUGGGAUGAAGCCUGGAAUAUCGUAACCAAUACUUUUGGAUACACCAACCACACUGUUCUGCCUGAAGCUUUGGAGAAGUGGUCUGUUCCGCUGUUUCAGAACUUGCUGCCAAGGCACUUGCAGAUCAUCUACGAUGUGAACCUCUUCUUCCUGCAGACUGUCGAGAAGAAAUUCCCUAAUGAUCGUGAGCUUCUAUCGCGGGUCUCCAUCAUUGAGGAAUCUCACCCGAAGAUGGUGCGAAUGGCUUAUCUGGCCAUCAUCGGAUCCCACAAGGUCAAUGGUGUUGCUGAGCUGCACUCGGAUCUCCUCAAAUCGACGCUGUUCAAGGACUUUGUGGAUAUCUACGGACCUGACCGUUUCACGAAUGUUACGAAUGGUGUCACUCCUCGGCGUUGGCUGCACCAGGCCAACCCGGCACUGUCUGCCUUGAUUGCAAAGAAGCUAGGUAGCCACGAGUUCUUGACUGACCUGACUCUGCUAGACAAACUGGAAGCCUUCGUGGAUGACAAGGAGUUCCGAGCGGAGUGGUCGCAGAUCAAGACUCAGAACAAGCUGCGACUGGCGAACUUUAUCCAAGAAACCACUGGGUACAAGGUGAAUCCCAACGCUCUAUUUGAUGUGCAAGUGAAGCGUAUCCACGAAUACAAGCGCCAACAACUCAACAUCUUUGGAAUUAUUCAUCGGUACUUGGCCAUCAAAGCUAUGUCACCCGCAGAGAAGAAAAAGGUUGUUCCUCGUGUUUCUAUCAUCGGCGGUAAGGCUGCUCCAGGUUACUGGAUGGCGAAGACAAUUAUCCACCUUGUCAACAAGGUUUCAUCUGUGGUGAACCAGGAUCCAGAUGUCGGCGAUCUCCUCAAGGUUAUCUUCAUUGAGGACUACAAUGUCAGCAAGGCGGAGAUCAUCUGUCCCGCCUCCGAUAUCAGUGAGCACAUUUCCACUGCCGGUACGGAGGGUAGUGGCACAAGCAACAUGAAAUUCGUGAUGAAUGGAGGCCUGAUCAUCGGAACUUGCGAUGGAGCCAAUAUCGAAAUCACCCGCGAAAUUGGCGAGCAGAAUAUUUUCCUUUUUGGAAAUCUCGCUGAGGACGUUGAGGAACUCCGCCACCGUCACGUCUACGGCGACUUCCAGAUUGACCCGCAGCUUGCAAAGGUCUUCGACGCCGUCAAGGGCGGUAUGUUCGGCGAUGCGAAGGACUUCCAGGCACUUUGCUCAUCCAUUGAAGAGCAUGGGGACUACUAUCUCGUGUCUGAUGAUUUCAACUCCUACAUCACUACCCACGAGAUGGUUGAUGAGGCGUUCCAGAAGAAGGAUGAGUGGCUCGCCAAGUCUAUUACCAGCGUCGCGCGCAUGGGAUUCUUCUCGACGGAUCGAGUUAUCAACGAGUAUGCAGAUAGUAUCUGGAACGUUGAGCCUCUCGUCGUGAAGGAUUGA